AUGGCUCCCAAUGACCAGAAGCCAUUCACCGUUCUUGUAGGCCCGGAAGACAAGAUGCAGGAAUUUCCUGUUUCGAAAUUCGACCUGUUUUCCAGCAGUACGUUCUUCCACAAAGUGAAUGACAAAGAUUCGAACGAGCCGCUCAAGAUCCCGGAUGCGGAUCCAAAGCUGUUCCGGCACAUCCUGGCAUUUAUUCAGAACCCCAAGGAGUUCAAGAUGCCCAGUUUUAACAAAGUCGAUGAACUGAUCAGUCUGACUCUGAUGGCUGAGAAGUACGAGGUGAUUGACCUCUGCUCUUACAUCGGCAAGAACCUCUCGGACACCAUCGAAAAGACGGAUGUGUGGCGAGUGUACAACGAUGGGCGCGAGAGCGAAACUCUGGCCAAAGCGUGCGAGGCGAUGCUGUGCAGUGACACCGAGUUUUAUCUGGACAACCUCUACAAAAACAAGGUUGAGCCCGAGACUCUGGCCAAAUUCCUCCUCUUGGACAACCUCAACGUCCACUCGGAGGAAGUGCUGAUCAAGGCUUGCUUCAAAAACCUGGCUGCUAGUGACAGAAAAAGUUGCAGACACGCGUUCCGCAAGUACCUCCUGCCAAACUUGCGACUGCAGACCCUGAUGUUGGCAGACCUGAAAGAACUGUACGACUUCUUGUCACCGGAAGAAGCGCUGUUCCUGCUCAGCAAGAUUCGCGACAAGAAAAAUUCUCUGCUCACCCCUGCUGACCUGCCCAUAGAUCACGCUCUGUGUCUGAUCGAGAAGAAGAGGAGGUUUGAAAAGAUUCACUACCUCAAAAUCAUCAAUGAUGCAGAUAUCCUCGAUCUGAAAGGGGUCGUCGUCGAGGGCAAGUUCAACCUCUUGAACCCUGGCGAGUACAAGUUCGUCUUCUCGUUAACGACCUUGAAGAGCAUCGUGAUCAAGGAAAUCUUCGUCUUCACGCCUUUGGACCUGUCCAGGGAUGACCUCGUUGCGGAGGAUUUCGUGAGAUACCUGCAGUGCAAGGAAAGCCAUCACUGCUUCUUUGACGCCUGCAAUAUGGAACUGAAGGUCAAGGCGGAUAACAAACACAAUCAAGCUGAUUUCAGCGAAAUUACGCUUGACAAAGAGAAGCGCAAACAUCGCAUGAACAAAUGGGUGCAGUUCACGAAACCGUUUUUGGCGCCGAUGAAUUCUCGCGUUACCCUUCAAGUGGUCCUGCGCGGGGGAGAGCGGUUCAUGCGCCACUUGAAGACUGAACAAGCCAGCAUUUUGGCCAACAAUCAUGAUUCCCCCGCCAAGGAAGUCUUCGACAAAAUCACCAUGGAGCACUACCAUAAAGAAAACGGCGGCGAUUCAUUCACUCGUAACGUCGAUGGGGCUUUCACUAUCUUCAAGGGCAUCUCCUACAAGAUCAAUGAAUGA